CAUGAGAUCAUCCCUGCAUAUUGUGUGUACGUAACCAUUGGUAACACAGACCACUCCUUCCGAUUUUUUUUCCUGAAAGUGUGACGCAUUACUCCCGUUUUUCAGUCAAAUAUGCACCGAUGUACAGUUAAUUGUCCCUUUUCUGAGAUUUUGGCGAUUUGACACCCUCGUGCAGCGGGAAAUUUGAAAAUAACUCCGUGCGCCUUCCAGGCUUUGCUGAUCACAUCGUGUUGGGAAUGGGAGAUCGAUGAAGAAGGGGAAGCUGAAGCUGGAGGCGAAUCGAUCGAUUAUGGAUAAAGUUCCGAACGAAAUUUGUUGUAACAACUACUUGAAAGACCUUGUAGUUGUAGCGUGACGUCUUGUAAGCGGCACAUCCUGGCCUAGUAUACAGACGCUGCGGGGGAUUGUACAAGGAUAUCGGGGGAGAUGAGCUAUUGAAAUCAGGACGAAGAACGAUGAACGAAGCAAUCAAAUCAGCUGGUCCCAAUGGAGCAGGAGAGACUGCCAUCUCCGACGAGGACCGUGUCAUUUUCAGCCGACUCGUGAGAGAUGGCAAGAAAUAUGCCAGUGAAGGAGAGCUCUCAAAGGCACUGUCCUGCCUGACACUGGCGUACGACAUUCGUCCCACGGAGCGCAUACAGAAGCACAUCACCAAGAUCCAGGCCGCGCUGGACGAGUACAGCGGCAACGAGGACGAAGACGAAGCGGCGAGCAGCGUGAAACCUGCACAGCACAAUGAGCAAUGCCAAUCGCAUGUCGAUUCGGUGGCUACUGAGCAUGACAAUGGAGCGCAACAAGCUACCACCGGACUCCGUGAUGUUAAUACCCGCUCCGAUCAUCAAUCAUCUGAUCAUAUUUCGGUUGGCAUGACAAGCACAGACUCCAUGCCCAUGCAUGAUCGUCAGCCAAGGUGCGAAGAAAAGCCUCGCAAGCGAGCACUGAUGGGUCGCAAUGCCUACGUUAUGAACGAGGCACCAUCAACAAGCACAGCGGAGAUGAAGGAUUCUCGGCGCUCGGCAGCUGGCAAGGAGAAUGCGUGGCUGUCUACGAAAAGCCGCCGUGCCGACGAUGCAAUUGAGGAUCGCCGCGGCGGUUUGAAAGCGGAAAUGGCGCCGAAUGGUGUCGUGUUGCGCAGCGUUUGGGACAAGUUGUACGCACAUCAGCGCAAGGGUGUGCAGUGGCUGCUGGAUUUGCACGAGAAGGGCUGCGGUGGUAUUCUUGCAGAUGAUAUGGGGCUUGGCAAGACAGUGCAGAUCACAGUCUAUCUGGCAUCUCUAGUGGCUACAGAGCGAAUACACAGUGCACUGGUCAUGGCACCGGUGUCUGUUCUCACCGCCUGGCAGAAGGAGAUCAAGAAGUGGUAUCCAUCUCUACGCCUCGGCUGCUUCCAUGGCACCUCCAAGAAGCAGCGUGAAAUGGACUUGGAGCGGGUACAGAAACGUGGUGGAGUCUGCCUCACAACAUAUGGUAUGGUCCGGUCUGGCCUGGAGGAUCUCACUUGUCAUGGCUCAUUUGCUUGGGAUUGUCUGGUCCUUGAUGAAGGUCACAUGAUUCGUAACAACAACAAGACUACUAAGCAGAUCUACUCGCUGCUGGCCAAGCAACGACUCAUCCUAACUGGCACCCCGAUUAUGAACCGUUUGGAGGAGCUCUGGCGCCUGUUUGAUUUUGCCACGAACGGCAAUCUCUUCGGCCCGCUCAAGGACUUCAAGGAGAAAUACGAGCAACCGAUCGUACAGUCUCACUCCAAAAGCUCAACGGAAGCGGAAAAGGAGAACGGAGCAAGCGUCUCUGAUAAGCUGCAGAGACGCAUAGCACCGUUCAUGAUGAGACGUACCAAAGCGGAGGUGAUGGAGGAGCAGGACAAACUACAGAAUGCUGCUGCUGGUGACCCUGCCACCUUGCCCUCUGACCCAGGCGUAGGGGAAUCCAGCCAGUCUUCAAAGCCUGGAGAAGGCGAUUCCACUGACUCGUGUACAACAGCAAUGACCUCAUCGGACCCGGCAGCGACAUCAUCAUCUUCUUCCUCAGCAUUGCAAUCCCAGCAGCUGCAGCAGUCUGGUGUGGCUGCUGCAAGUACAGAAAGCGCUGCUGCUCGGAUGGCAAAGCUGGGGGAGAAGCGCGACCUGAUUGUGUGGGUACAUCUCUCUCACGCUCAGCUCAAGCUGUAUCUGAACUUUGUUACCGGAUCUAAAGUGCAAGAGGCACUAAUGGAACAACGCUCAGCCCUGCCUAAGCUGAUGUUGCUGAAGAAGAUUACCGAUCAUCCAGCCCUUUUGUCAGACAGCGAGAAAGAACAGCUGAUCACCGAUGAUGAUGACUUUGACACCAACGCUGGCUACCAAGGUGAUUAUGUGGAAUCAGAAUCGGAGGAUGAAAUUAUUGAUGACUCGCAGGAACCAGGCUAUUCCCAGACCACCGCCCGUAGCUCCAAGACCACGUCAGCUAAGCCAUGGCUUCGCGGCAGUAAGGCGUCUCUCGUGCAGUCUUCCGGCAAGAUAAGCGUUCUCCUGCCGUUGCUGGAGGUACUGAAAGCGGCCGGCCAUCGAGUGCUGAUCUUCAGCCAGAUGACCAAGAUGCUGGACAUAGUGGAGGCUGUGAUGCGAUGGAAGAACAUCCAUUGCCUGCGUCUUGAUGGUCGUGUGAAGAAGGUAGCCGAUCGGCAGCGUAUCAUUGACAAGUUUAGCCAGGACAAGAAGUACACAUGCUUUCUCCUGACCACGCAGGUUGGUGGUGUUGGCUUGACGUUGACUGCAGCCGAUCGUGUUAUCAUAGUUGAUCCGUCGUGGAACCCGGCCGUAGAUGCCCAGGCUGUAGACAGGGCGUAUCGUAUCGGGCAGCAACGCUCUGUGGUGGUCUAUCGCCUGAUCACGUGUGGCACCAUUGAAGAGAAGAUUUAUCGCAAGCAGGUCUUCAAGGACUCGGUCAAUCAACAGGUCACCGGCGAUUCAUCACAGCCGCUGAGGUACUUCACGAGCCACGAGCUUCAUAACCUGUUUAUGCUGGACAACCCAUGGCAGAGCACGACUCAGGAGCGCCUCUCACAGCUGGAAGACACGCAGAGUGUUGGGUACGCAUGGCUGCAGAAUCACAGACAGUUCUUCUCAUCGCUGGGUGUUGUGCAAGGUCUCAGUGAACAUCAUCUACAACUGAAUGUUGUGACUGAUGAAGACUUCUGGGACGAAAAUAAACUGGUGGGAACACAUCACUCUGAAAGUGUCUUGCAGAAACAUCGUCAUCUCACCAGAGCCAAGCGUCAUGAAUCUCAUGGAAAUUUGGAGACAGCUCUUGUACAUCACUUGAAGGCAGUCAAGCUCGACCCCAGUGAUCUGAGAGUGCAGUUCCGCUGUCUGCAGCUAACAGCUCAACUAGGCCUCUGGCACUGACCCAACACGCCAACCUGAGAAGCACUGGCAUGAUGGACGGUACACGUAUGCUGUGUGUGUGUGUGUAUUCGUGUUCGUGUUCGUGUGUGUGUGUGUGUUUGUGUGUGUGUGUGUGUGUGUUUGUGUGUAUGAACUCUGUAGCUGGCUAUAGAUGUCUGAUUUCCUCCAUCUCAAUAUUACACUAAACUCUUUGUACUAAUACCCUGCUAGCUACUAUCAGUUGUCUGUCUAGUGUCAACAGUUAGAUUCGAGUUUUUCAUGGAAGAGGCAGAGCCCGUGCGGGAGAAGGGAUGUCUCUUUUUAGUAUUAUUUUUUUAAGACUUUCAACACACCUUGCUACUAACGUUGCUGUGCUCACAAUGAUCUUGUCAUGAAACCCGCUGUUACUCUUAGAAAAAAGUUUGCAAUUGUGGCAAUUUGGACUACUCUA